AUGGCAGCACUCCCCGAGGAGUACUGGCAGCCGCCCAUUUGGGAUGUCGCAGAUGCGCAACAUACCGCUCCACAUCCUGUUCGAUACGACCACUAUCAACCGCUACCCGGCCCCGAAUGGAUACGGAUCUUGAUUAUCGAGCCGGCAGCCAGCCUCCAAGAUGCUCUGGAGUGCAGCAUCCAAGUGGUUCCUCUCCAGCCUUUCUCCAACUACGCCGCCCUGUCAUACAGUUGGGGCAUGAACAGCGAUGGCGAUAAAUCUUUGUCUCGCGUCAUCGAAAUCGCUGGAAACCCGAUGCGCAUUACUCAAAACCUCUAUGAAGGGCUUUGCCGCAUUCGACCUCAAGGGGAAGCGUGGGAUGCACCAAAGCGGGUGUGGAUCGAUGGCAUCUGCAUCAACCAAGCAGAUGAUGUUGAACGUGGUGCACAGGUCGCAGUCAUGGCUUUGAUAUAUCCGUACUCAACUGAGACUAUUCUAUGGCUCGGCGAAGGCCCAAGUGAAGCAGAUGAUGUGAUCGUUUUGAGACUGCUCGAACGGUUGGAGGCCUGUCCUUCGUUCCAACUUGCCACCACGCUCAAAGCCAUCAUCCAUACACGACAAUGUCUCUAG